AGAAGGCGCUGAGCCAGACCGGAUCCUUCAUGAGGGAAGAGGUCGGGGACAGCUAGGUUGCUGGUUCAAGCUACAGUGAGUCCGUGUAUGGGCCUGUGUUAGUGUCCAUAGGAUGUCCCGUCAUGAAGUCUGUCCCAUAUGUGUUGUGCUGCCUGGCGGAGAUCCUAAUCACGUGACAGACGACUUUGCUGCUCAUCUCACACUUGAACACAGAGCACCCAGAGACUUGGAUGAGUCGAGCGGGGUGCGGCACGUGCGUCGGAUGAUCCACCCGGGUCGGGGUCUGGGGGGGCAGAGGGCCCGUCGAUCCAACAUGCACUUCACCUCGUCAACCUCCGGGGGGAGCUCUACCACACAGACCUCCACACAGAGCUCCAACAGGGAGGCCAUGGAUCCUAUAGGAGAGCUGCUGUCCCAGUUGUCGGGGGUGCGUAGGUCGGCGGGCAGCCAGCUGAGUUCAGCUCCUUCAGCCUCACAGCUCCAGCAGCUCCAGAUGCAGCUCCAGGUGGAUUGGCAGCAGACCCAGGCUACCAGACAGCAGUUGGAGACGGCCCGGGGCACCUCUCAACGCGGCAGCCGCACCUCCAACCACGCGGGGAAUCACAACGCCAACCCUGGCUCCAACUCCUUCAACAACCUUAGUCCCAACCCGGAGCAGCAGGAGCCCAACACGCAGAACAGCACCUCCCAGUUCCUUCUCAACAGACUGAGURAGCCGAGGUUGUCGGAGGCAGAGCGCCAGCUAUGUGAGGGUCAGUGGGCGGACCGCUCUCUCUUCGUCACGGAGCUCCUCCUCUCCACCCUGCUGGCCGAUCCCGACCACAGCGAAGACGACGAUCUCCGCGACUACCACGAUGCCGUGACGCGAGGCUCGGAUGCCUUCGCUGCCUUCGAAGAUAUGGGCUGCGUGGGGGUCAUGACCUUAGACGUGGCGCUGGAGAACCUCAACCUCCGAGAACUGAAGAAUGAGCAGCGUCCUCCGGCGUUGCCGUAGCCACCACUACAAAGUUUAAAACCACCAACCACCGUUGCCGUUACAUGUCCAACCGCCAACGGAGAAAGAAAAUACUUCAGCUUGUUUUCUUUUUCUGAGUGGGGGGGACCCCCCACCCCCCCACAUUCUAUUAUGAUGUGUACAUGACAGGACACAGAAUGUGAACGUGAGAGAGCGAGUGUUGUGAGCAAGAGGAAAUAGAACAAUUUUAUAAUACAUCUAUAUAAAUGUUUAUGAAAGAAAGCGGAUAAUCAACUCCACAUGAAGCCGUGCUUGACUGCUUGCCCCCAGCAGGUGUCAGAUAGAUGGGUAGGUAGCAGCUUGAUCAUAGACAGUGGGAAGAUCUCAAUUGCAUACUCCUCGUCUCCUCAAAACCCAUUGGAUAAGAAGGCCGGAAGACCCUCCAAUGGGUUUUAAGGGAUAGGGGACGUCUUCCCAGAUUCUCUCCGCCCACGCCUCUGUGUUCCUGGAUAUUUAUGAAAACCUACUUUGAUGGUUUGCCACAACAAACGUUGGCACGUCCAGAUUGUUCACUGUGUGCCCUCUUCUCAACUACAGUCACUGUUGCAUAUUAAACUGCUGUCAGUUAUCAUCAUA